AUGACUAGAUUAUUGCUUAUCUUCAUUGUGGGAUGGUAUAUUUGUUCAAUUACACUUUCUGUUUAUAACAAAUGGAUGUUUGAUCCUACCAAACAGUUUCAUAUCCCCUAUCCCAUUCUAGUAACUUCAUUUCACCAGUUUAGUUUGUGGAUAAUAGCUUUCUUGUAUAUGUCAUUGACUGGUAUUGAAAGAGACAAGAGUCAAACUUAUAAUAGUGAUGGUACCUUUAAUUGGGUAUAUUACUUAAAAUUUAUUGUACCAACAGCUGUGGCUACAGCAGGGGAUAUUGGAUUCAGCAACGAAUCUUUGGAGUAUGUUCCUUUGACGGUUUAUACUAUCGUUAAAUCAUCAAGUAUUGCAUUUGUACUAUUAUUCGGUUGCAUAUUUAAAUUAGAAAGGUUUCAUUGGAAAUUGGCAAUUAUUGUAACAGUGAUGUUUACUGGUGUAGUCAUCAUGGUUUAUGAUCCUUCUGGAAAUAAGGAAAAUGCUAAACGCAGACAUAAUAUUUUGUUAGGAUCAUUUUUUGUACUGAUUGGGAGUUGUUUAUCAGGUUUAAGAUGGGUUUUUACACAAUUAGUAUUAAGGUACAAUGAAGGUAAUAAAAAUUAUGAAAUUGUUGCAAGUAAUGAAAUUACAAUUGAAACUGACGAUACAGCUUCUGUUGAAGAAAAUUUUGAAAAAAUUUCAGAAAAAUUACAUCCUAUUCAUACCAUUUAUGAAUUAGCUCCUGUAAUGGCAAUAGUCUUAUUCAUAACGUCAUUAUUUUUAGAGACACCAUUUCCUGGGUUAUUUAACUUACAAAUAUUUAAAGUUUUAGAAAAAACCGAAAACAACGAAAUAUGGCAUACAACGGCUUUAUCAGUAUUCAAGGGCAUCCUUUUACUUGUAAUCCCAGGUUUCUUAGUAUUUGGAAUGACAAUUUGUGAAUUUGGUAUUUUACAAAUAUCAAAAGUUUUGACUUUGUCAGUUGCUGGUAUAGUUAAGGAAGUACUAACUAUCAUAUUCGGAAUAUUGAUAUUAGGUGAGAAAAUUAAAGGUUGGCAUUGUUGGGUUGGUAUGAUAAUUAUUUUAUGUGACGUUUCAUAUUAUAAUUACUUUAGAUAUAAUGAGAAAAUAGAAGAAGCAUCAUCAUCGAAUGAUAAUACUUAUAACAAUGACGACGAAGAAGAGAACAUUCAGUUUAGGACAGUCAUUGACUAUAAUAAAAAAUCUGAUCAAGAACAAGACGACAAACUAACAAGUGCCUAUUCCAUAGUCUUGGACCCAUCAUCUAAGGACAUUGAAUUGGAUGACAUCAAUAACGAUAUCAUUGAUAGCAAUAUAGAAUCUACUGAAGAUACCCUAGUUAAGUAA